GGAAAUUCCGUGUCUAUUUUUAGAAUUCAUUAACGGAAGUAGUAUGGCUGCCUAGACAGGAAAAUGUUUUGCAAAAUAAUUAUUUUUACCGUUUUGCAGUUCCGCAGUGGUUUUGGAAACCGAGAGCUUACUGACUGGACAGCUCUGUAUGACUACAAAGAUUAUGGCAGUUCAUCACUGUUUUUCCAUAAUGUGCCUGAACUUGCUACAGAAUCAACAUGGGGGUAUCAAGUUGAUAAAUACCCUGAAGAUUGUGAGGACAAAAAUGUUACAGUUGUAAUACAGCAUGGUAGUUUUCCAGUUAUUAACCCGUUGGGUGAGAAAUUUCCUGAAAACUUCUAUGUGGAGAGAAGUCCGGCCUCACGUGCAGUGUUUUCUGUCAUCUCAAAUAAUGUGACUCUUGAAUCAACAGUGACGAACCCAAAACAAGGUCCCUGGUACAGCGUGGCUUUUCUGCCUCCACCUGACAGUGAUAUAAAACCUAGUGACUUGUUUACUAAAUGCAAGUACAAGAUAAGAAACUGGUUUUCAGCUAAGACUCUUGCCAGCGUAGAUACAGUGAAUGUUCAAGAAAAAACUGAGAUAGUACUGCCAGAAAAUGGGAAAAGAAUUUACAAAUUUUAUGUUCCUCUUCAAGCACAUGACCUGCUUGUAAAGCUUAAUGACUGUAAGUAUGGAAACCAGUCUGGUUGUGCAGUGACAUUGAAUUCAAGAGGUCAAGGUCUCCCUGGUCCAAAACCUUCAACUGUAUCACAGAUUUGUUCUGAAACAGACCCAGACUGUGUACUCGAGCUGUUCCAUCCAGAAGUGAAUGCCUGGAAUUAUCUAGAGAUACAGUCUGCAGUUGAUGAGACAUGGACUGCUUCUCUGUUAUUUGUUUUGAAAGAAUGCACUGUGCAAGAGAAAUAUCUACCUGAUUCCACCUGUCAGUUAUCUCCCUUGUUAAGCCGGUUCUCCUAUAAUGUUAAGUUCAGGCACAAGUUUGCUUUUAUAAAUGGUUCGGGAAUGAAGGAUAUCAGUUUGACACUAGCGGAGAACCAGUCGCGGGGAAUUCCAUUCAGCUUGCGGGAUGGACAGGAUACAGGAGGCAGUCUGGUUGUCAAACUGAAGUUAAAGCAAAUAACCACUGUUGAUCCCAAUGACCUGAAUGUGAAAGUUGAUAUCUGUCUCCAUAGAGACGUUGUUCCAGUUAAUGUAGAUAUUCUCCACUGUGAAAAUGGUUACCAAGGUAACGUGAGCAGUAGGGCACCAGAAGGUCAAGGUUCACAUAAGGUUGUAGUUCCUUACCCUCAAGCUGGCAUUUGGGUACUGGCAAUGAUGAUGCAAUGUUUUAAACCACCAAAGAAUAAUAACAGUGACAUAGUGUUCAUGCCAUGUGGUGCUGUGACAGCUGAGUUAAAUGUUACCAUAGCAACUGAUGCUUGUGUUGAGGGUGAGUGCUCAAACCAUGGGCGUUGUAUCAAUUACUUGAAUGGCCAGGUUCUCUGCACAACAUGCAGGUGCAAUUCAGGUUGGAGAGGGUACGACUGCUCUGAUGGUAGUGAGGUUAAAGAUGAAAGUGAACAAUUAAUUGAACUUCUAUUACUGACCAUCAGUAACAUUGUCUUCAUACCAGCAAUUAUACUGGCCCUGUACAGAAAACAUUAUGCUGAGGCCCUGGUAUAUACAUAUACUAUGGUGUUUUCAACACUGUACCAUGCCUGUGAUGGUGGGAGAAUGGAAGGUUACAAAUAUUGCAUUUUACAUAUUAGCAUUCUAAGUACAUGUGACUUUCUUGGAUCAGCAACAUCUAUUUGGAUGACUUUGGUAGCGAUGUCAAGGCCACCUCUCCAGUGGAAGGCUUUGAUACAGAUUGCUGGUCCCCUGGGAUUAUUGAUUGGUGUAUUAUAUAAGAAAACCAGUGCUUUCUUGUUCCUGGUACCAGCUGGCCUUGGAUUGUUAUUGAUAAUGAUAUCUUGGAUGUGCAGGUGUUGUUACAGACAUAAAUGCUACCCCAGUAAAAAGAAAUACCUGAUUUGUUUUCUCCCAGGUGCCUUGCUUGUGUGUGGGGCUCUGGCAAUAUUUACAUUUCUUCAGAAUGAGGAGAAUUACUUAUAUACACAUAGUGCCUGGCAUGUAUGUAUGGCACUGAGCAUUGUGUUCCUGUUGCCACCUAGGGAAACUAGAGGAUUUUAUAAGGUCAAAAAGAAUGGACAAGCUGCUCUAGCAUCAACAUACCAGCCAAUACGAUCAAACAGUGAUAACUAUGCUAUAUAGUAACAGUGAUGUAACAUUGAACAACCUUAAUCAGCUUUGAAUAUUUUUUUUGUAUUCAUUCUACAGUUUACAUUACUUUUCUUAAAUUUACAUAUAAGUUAAAACAUAUCGUUUUUUUUUUUUGUUUUUUUUUUUUUACUAUAUUGCAAUUUUGCUCUCUAUUAAGUUCAAAAAUCAAUUUAUUUUAAGCUUGAUUUUACUUGGUUGAUAUUAAUUAUGAAACAAAAGCAGGGGAAUUUUUUAGCUCAACAGCUUUUAUAUAAUACUAACAGCUUUGAAAUAAUCAGCACUGCGGCAUUCAGUACUGCCAUAUUUGAAAAUAGAGGCAUUUAAUUCUUGUACUUGUAACUUAUAGUUGAAUUAAUGUUUAAUUUGAUUUGAAAAUAAUAAUAUUUUUAAGAUAUCAUCUGUACACUGCUCAUAAAUCGAGAUUUUUCAUGAAAUAUUUUUAUGAAGCUAUAUGUAAAUUUGAUGUUCUGUCAACAGUUUCUGAUAUCUUAUGCUGUAUAAUUAUUAUUGGCAUAGGUUUAUAUUUGUUAGCUCACCAAAGGCCUGUGUUUUCUGAUCACCUCUUGUCCUGAUGUUGCCAACUGGUGUCUGGUGUUUGAUAAAAGUGAAAGUCAGUGUAUUGGGAUAUCUGCAUAUACAAUAUAAGCUUAUCGUCUGUGUCUCGGUCUUAUAACCAUGAUUUUUUUGCAUUACAUCUAACCCCAUAACCCCAUAAUUUCUGUCUAGUUUUUCGAUUGUGUAUAGACAGAACAUUAAAACAAGGGUUUAUAGUCUGGUAAAAAUACAAGGCAGGAUAUUGUUAACUUUAUAAAGAAAAACAAUAUGGAAAACAUUUACUAAUUAUAAUGUAUAAAAUCUACACUUUAUGAUAAUUACUUAUAUUUUAGUGUGGUAGCUAGUGUUGUAACGACAUUUAGAAUUGACUACAUUUUAAAACAAAAUGGAUACAGCUUUGACAUAGUAGCAACAAAAUACAGCUUUCCUGGCCAGCAGUUUAAGGUCUUGCUUACCAUCUGAACCCAUUUCUUUUUGUCUAUAUUUCGAUUGUGUAUAGACAAUCCUAAAAGACAAGGGUACCUUGCAAGAAUUGAAAGACCCAAAUGUUGAUAAAUCAGGGUUAGAGAUUAUUAAUUUUAGUGCACGCUUUGGGUGCAUUUGUCACUCUUGUCUUCGAUUAAAAUCAAGAAUAUGUUUUAUUUCAUAAAACGGGACCAUGUUUUAAUAUAUUUAAACAUGAUGAAGAGGUUAUAACCCUGUGUAUUAAGUUCACAAAGGCAUAACCAAGGUGAAUUAUUCUCUGCAGUAUUUGUCUGAUUCAGUGCGUUUAAAUAUAUUAAAACAUUGUUCUCCUUGAAAAAUUGUAAAUGUCUUUUGUGCAAGAACAAAAGUGGACAAGAUAGGGAAGCAGUAUGUAACUGUUGCGUUAUAUAAUUACAAUUCUGGCGUCUUUUAUAUGAAAUAGUAGGUCAGAUAUGGUAGCACUCUUUUUUUGGUGCCUCUGUGACACCAGAAAAUAUGUAAACGUGUAUUACAGUUUUCUUUAUAAAAUAUAACAUUGAAAAAAAAACAACAUUAUAAAUCUAAGAUUUCACAGACAUUUUGCAAAUCUUUUGUGUUUUCUUUUCUAUUUUCUUUGUUUCUAUUUAAUACUGAUUCAGUAGAAAAUAUGUCAGGAAUCAAAUUAAGUUAUUUAGUGAACGAAAUGGAAGUGAUCAUACGGCUGAAGGCCUAGGAAUGGGAAUUGCAUCCCUUUUCUAGAUUAUGUUUCUAUUAAAUUACAAUAUAAACCUUUCCUCUCUGCAGACACAGAUAUGUUCUUUCCUGUCUGUAGUUUCAUUUUACAUUAACAAAAAUAUAAGAAGAACAGUGCGAGAUCACCUUGACAUAUAGUAGUAGGGUCAAAUAGUGAUCUGAAAGCAAGGAAACUUACAAAAGAACUUGGAGUAAGAUUACCUAUAAAAGUUUAAUCUCUCUCAGAUGAGUUGUAACUGUUUGAAGUGUCAACUUCAUUUAUUUUCCUUACCUAAAGCAGUUUUAUUCACUGUGCUAGGUUGAAUCUGGAGUACUUUGGCCAGAUAUAGGAAACACAGGUACAGCCGAAACUCGGUAUCUCAUACGCUGUAACCUCAAAAUUCAGGUUGUCUUGAAGUAAUGUUCAAGUCCCGUCAUAAUUCCACCAAAGAGAUAAAAUUUUCCCUCCGUUUAAGUCCAGAUACCAACUGCAGCUUUGGUUAUAUGCUAGUGAGUUGUAACCCGCUUCAAGGUGUGAUCAUGCGUUGCAAAUAUAUAAUGAAUUAAUACCUAUGGAAAACAUGCAUUUUAAAUUGACAACUAGUGUUAAAAUGUAUAUAAAAUAUACAUGACAUGUUGUACUUGUAUAUGAGGCUACAACACAUUUACUUAAAACACCUAAGGAUUUAUUUAAAGUUGACAAGAUAGCAAACAAAUACAACAUAAGCUCAUGUCAUGUGAGCUUUUGAACCGACUGUACCAAGGAUAAUUUUUAGCUCACCUGAGCAUGAAGUGCUCAAGGUGAGGUAUUGUGACCAGUCAUUGUCUGGCGUCCGGUGUCCAUCAACAUUUGUCAUUGGUCAAAUCAAAGGAAAAGCUUGAUAACACUCUAGAGGCCAUUUUUAUGACCCUAUCUUCAUGAAACUUGCUCAAAAUGAUGAUCUUGAUGAUCUUUAGCCCAAGUUUGAAUCUGUAUCAUCUGAGGUCAAAAACUAGGUCACCUGUUAAAAUAAAAAAACAAAA